AUGGGGAAGAAGCCGGGCAAUGCUGGCCCUUCCUCGGCAUCCAGGCCCAUGAACCAGGCCAUGUCGCUCCGCGAGGAGACCUCCGGGAAGGCGCAGGCCGACGUGCCCUCCCUCCUGAGGGUCCAGCACCUGCAGCGGCUGGGGGCAUGGGCGAGUGGGGAGGCGGGAGUUGGCUCGAUCGGGGCGCUGCUGGGCCACCGCCUCGCCACGAACGCCGAGGCGUCUGGGAUUCCCAUUGAAGCCUCCACCUUCCUUUGCCAGAGGUGUGAAUCAAUCUUACAGCCAGGUUUCAACUGCACAAUCCGCAUAAAGAACAACAAAAAGAAAGCAAAGCGGCGCAAGAAGUCAAAUCCUGGCCAAAACAGUGUUGUCUAUGCAUGUCAUUUCUGUGGAGAUCAAAACCUGAUACGGGGUAGUGGAAAGGGUAUCGUGAAGGGCCUGUUAGCAUCGAGAAAGCCUGUUAGCACAAUGUUGAAAGGAGAAACUAUGAACGCGCCAACAGUAACUACUAAAAAGGGGAUCGAGCAUUCUGUAACAGCAGCAUCCAGGUUGAAAAUAUCCACUCCUGAAGAUUAUAAAAUGGAGAAAGGGGCAGUUUUCUCAAUGGUGGAUCAUGGUCAGUUAGCGGCUGCACACGAAGACAUCCUGCAGAAAAUCGAAGUAGAAAGCGCACAUGAUAAAUGUGUGAAUGGAAUUGAAUCUGCGGCUUCUAAAAAUACUACAACAUGUGAACCCGAUGUCACUUCUCAAGCAGAAUUUCUAGCUGGGUCAAACUUUGUUACUCCUCUGAAGAGCAAACUGGCGGAAGUGACUGCGCCUAUAGGUUCAGCAGAACCAUUGAAGACUAGAAGUACACUGAACAAUAAAGCGAAGAAUUGUGGUUCAGUUGCUGCCAAGACCCCUGGAAGUUAUAGCAAGUCAGCAUCAAAUAAAAAGUCUGCACCAGGUGAUUCUACUCAGCCAGCUGGCAGUUCAAGGAAGCGGGCAAGAAAAGGGUGGACUACUCUGAAGCAGAUUGCUGAGAAGGACGAACUUGAGAGAAAAGAGAAGAUGGAUAACUCUGUAAUCCCGUUCUUCAUGCAGUAA